GCAGUGCUUCUCACGCAUGCGCAGUCCGCAGUCUUUUGGUCAUCCCCUGUACUGUCUGCAAUCUCUGGUCUUCUCAGGUACUGUCUUCAGUCUCUGGUCAUCUCCUGGACUGUCUGCAGUCUCUGGUCAUCUCCUGUACUGUCUGCAGUCUCUGGGCAUCUCCUGUACUAUGUUCGCAGUCUCUGGUCAUCUCCUGUACUGUGUCUGCAGUCUCUGGUCAUCUCCUGUACUGUGUCCGCAGUCUCUGGUCAUCUCCUGUACUAUGUCCGCAGUCUCUGGUCAUCUCCUGUACUGUGUCUGCAGUCUCUGGUCAUCCCCUGUACUGUGUCCGCAGUCUCUGGUCAUCUCCUGUACUGUGUCCGCAGUCUCUGGUCAUCUCCUGUACUGUGUCCGCAGUCUCUGGUCAUCUCCUGUACUAUGUCCGCAGUCUCUGGUCAUCUCCUGUACUGUGUCUGCAGUCUCUGGUCAUCUCCUGUAGUAUGUCCGCAGUCUCUGGUCAUUUCCUAGAUACCAGUCCCUUUGUGCAAUCCCAUGGGGGUCCUGCUGAAC